AUGCCAGCCGUCGGCGACCAGCAUAAGAGCGGCCCGGCGACCAUCACGAUGCCAAAUGCAACAGGGGUUAUCACCAAAAAUCCAUUCGAAGAAUCUCCAUCACGCCUUAACCAAUACACCUCCGACGAAAUUGCCACCCUGCAAGCCCGCCUCGAGAAGAAAUUAGGACCGGAAUACAUCUCCUCACGACCAGGUGCUGCUGGCCAGAAAGUGCAUUACCUUUCUGCAGACAAAUGCAUAAACCUUGCGAAUGAAGUUUUCGGAUUCAACGGGUGGUCGAGCUCAAUUCAAAACAUUCAGAUUGAUUUCGUGGAUGAGGCCCCGAACACCGGGAAAAUUAGUCUAGGUUUAUCUGUGAUAGUGCGGGUGACGUUAAAAGAUGGGGCUUAUCAUGAGGAUGUCGGAUAUGGACACAUCGAGAACUGCAAAGGCAAGGCGGCAGCUUUCGAAAAGGCUAAGAAAGAAGCCACCACAGACGCCCUGAAGCGUGCUCUGCGCAAUUUCGGCAAUGUUUUGGGCAAUUGUAUAUACGAUAAGGACUACAUCUCCAAGGUAACCAAAGUGAGGACAGUACCGGCGAAGUUAGACAUUGAUGAACUCCAUCGUCAUCCGGACUUCGCUCCUAUAAAAAGGGAGCCGGUGCAGCCAAAACCACCUCCAGAUGACGAUGACUUACCACCCCGUCCUGGAAUGGCAGCAAGGGGGAACCCACCAGUCGAGAAUUCCUUGCAAGAUCUUGAUGCAGAAUUCGGAAGUGAUGUGUUUGAUGAAACCGAUUUCAACGUUGGCGACGGCGGUAAUCCGGAUGAGAUUGUGGUAGACACAGACCCCCAAAGGAUGUAUCAACCGCCAGCACCAGCCUCCAGAGCCAGUGUUCCACCGAGGCCGGCGAGCUACGCUUCCGGCGCGCCAACACGGACUAACCCCAGUGUCGUUACACCGUCAAAGCCAGAGAGGCCGAUGAACCAAAUCCAAGGUGCUAGACUGAUCCCUAAUCAGACUACCCACCGCCAACCGUACCCACCGGCGGUGCAAGAUCAGUACGCAAAUCAACGGCGGUCUGUUCCACCUCAGGACGCACCCAGACAAUUUCAGAACAUGCAAAUUCCUCCCGGGCAACAACGGACCAGCUAUGACAGUACAGCAUUGGGCCCGGUGGCUCAGGUUCCAAUAAAACAAGAGUUUGGCGCUAACGCUCAACCCGCCCAAGCGCAAGGCACGGCCGCUCCAGGCACACCAGGGGUUGACAGUCAACGACCUCCUGUUGUAGGAUUCUUCUCGGCCCGCGGAGUCGACAUGCUACGAGACAACCCUCACAGUGCCGCCACCUCUGCUCCGGCCUUCGAUCCCCAUGCAGAAAGCCCAUCAAUUCGUAAAACAGCAGGCGUCGACCACACCAAGAGUGUCCCGAUCUCAAAGCCAAUGCUAGUUGGUGCAUCCCCAGCCGCAAACCAACCGCGCGAUUUUAUCAAUCCCUCCACGGACAUGCAUAGAAAGAUUGGUGCUCCAGGUGGUAGCGGAGUUGGCAGUCCUAUGAACAGAGGGCCAACAACAUCAUCCUAUCGUCCGCUUACGCGACCAAAUCUCGACCCUAAGGCUGCGCCAAACAACCUGGCGGCGAACCGGCCUGAGCUGGGACCGCCAAAUGCGAACGGGAAACGGCCUCCUCUAAACGACGUGACGAAUGCACCUAUGCCUGGUGGCAGCGGGCCUGCUCCAAUAGGCGCUGUUAAUGACCCAAAGCGAGCGAGGCUUGACCAGACUUCCCAUCAACAACAGCAUCAACAACAAACCCACCCACACCCACCGCAACAGCGCUGA